AUGUCGCUGAUACUACUAAAUCAAUUACAAGCAGACUUAGAUCCAUCAUUUCAAUCAUUAUUACAAAAUGACAAAAAUUUACAAAAUUCAGCUGAAAAAUAUCUACAAGAUUUACUAAUAAAUGAUGAAUUAUUAUCAACUGAUCAAUUUACAACUACAUCCUUCUCCAAAAAAACAAUAGUUGAAGAAAUAGCAGAAUUAGAUUCUCAAAAAUUUAAAAUAAACCAGGAACUAAGCUCAAUCACAGAUACAAAUAAAGAUUUAAUAAUUGAUGUUAAUCAUGAUAUAAAUGAAAUUUACGGAAACUUAAGCAACGACUAUGUAACUUCAAUUGAAUCGUUACUUAAAAGUCUAAAUAUAGACCAACCUCAUAUUCAACAUCAAUCAAAUAAAUACGAAGUCAUACUAUCUAACAUGGACUCAAUUUUAGAUAUUUUAGAACUACCAAUACUUUGUAAAUUAUUUAUACUUCAAGGAAAUUAUCAAGAGAGUUUAGAAAUAUCAACAUUUAUAAAAUCAUUGAUUAUAAGGUUUCCAAAGAUCAAAAUAUUUAAAAUCAUUAACAACUCCAUCGAACAUGAAUUACAAAUAAUGUUUAAUGGUUUAAUUAAGUUAUUAAAUACUAAUCUAAAACAAUUAAAUUUAUUUAAAAUUUUCCAAAUUUUGAACAAAUUAGAAACCAAUCAAAAUAAUGAUUCUUUCUUACACUUGAUCUUCUUAAACUCAAGAUUUAAAUUAAUCAAUAAUGAAAUUUUAAGUUUAUACCCAAUACUAAAAUUCAAUAAAUUAACUUACUUAAAGAGAUAUUUGGAAGUUUAUCGAGAAUAUUUAUAUUCUUCACUUUCAUUAUACCACUCAAUAUUCAAAAAUGAUAUAAAUGUGAUACUAUUAAACCAAUUCAUAACUAGUUUGGUGAUACAAUUGUGUGAAGAAAUGAAGAAGUAUUUUUCCCAAGAGAAUGAUGCGAAUGAUCAAAAUAAUACCGACGGAUUGAUACUUCAAUUAAUUUAUAUAAGCAAGUCGUUGUCAAGUUUUCAAUUUGAAUUUGAACCUUUGAUUUUGCUGAACUUGUGUUACAAAACAAACUUGUUUACUGAAGAAGAUUGGUUAAGAAACUUAUCAAAAAUAAAAAAGAAUAAAUAA